AUGGGGAUGGAGAUGGAGCAGGAAUUGGAAUGGAAUAAAGCGCAGAGCAUUGAGAUAAGUGUUGACCUUUUAUCUGCUGCUAAAAGACAGCUCAAGUUUCUCGAAGCUGUCGAUCGGUGCCGUUGGCUCUAUGAAGGCCCUGCUCUAGAUAUGGCUAUUCACAGGUAUAAUGCAUGUUGGCUUCCCUUGCUGGCAAAACAUUCUGAAUCACCACUCUUUGAAGGUCCAUUGGUGAUCCCUUUAGAUUGUGAAUGGGUUUGGCACUGUCACAGGCUCAAUCCAGUCAGGUACAAACAAGACUGUGAGGAGUUCUAUGGAAAAACCCUUGACAACAAAAAUGUAGUCUCUACUUUGGAAGGAACUUCCAGAAAUUGUACUGAAGCAAUUUGGAAAAAAUUGUACCCUGGCGAGCCUUUCGAACUGGGCAAUACAAAUUCUCCUCAAGAUAAUACGCCUGUAAAGACAGUAGCUGGAGAAAAAUACACAAAGUACGAUCUGGUCUCGGCCGUCCAGAGACAGAGCACCUUCUUUUACCAGGUGUCCAGACACCAUACGAGCGAUGAUCGUUACAUGGAAGGAGCCGUGGCCAGGUACAAAGGCUUUCUCCACCUGAUCAAGCGAAAUAAAGAGAAAGGCGUGAAGAGCUUCUCGGUCCCGACUUACGACAUUGACCUCAUCUGGCACACACACCAGUUGCAUCCGGUUUCUUACUGUGGGGACCUCAUAAAGAUAAUGGGAAAGGUUUUAGAGCACGAUGACACAGAUUCCGACAGGACCAAAGGUCAGAAGCUGGAUGUUGGAUUUUCGGGGACCACCAAGAAGUUCGAGGAGAUGUAUGGCUGUAGGUACUGGCGAGCUGGGGCUAUGUACCGGGGUGCAGCCCCGUCUCCUGUAAGAACGGCCCCUUAUUACGGUGCUACAACCAAGAUGGAGCCCACUUGUGAUGGGAACGGGAAAAUAUCUUUACCUGCUGUGCAAGCCUUUGAGGUCAUGUUGGAGUUUGUGGGUGUAAAGAAUCUUCCAGAAGGACACAAGGGAAGCCUCAUCGUGUCCUUCAGUAAAACACAACCUGAUGCGAUCUUCAAUGCAACAAGAAGCCUCACAAUAUUCUCAGAAUCCGGGGAAAAGCAAGUUGCGUACUUCCAAUGCCAAGCUUCUGGGCGCCUGCUGUUUGAACUCGAGUCCAUUUCGUCUUUGAGUUUACCGCUAGCAAAGCCAUCGAAAACUCUGGGUACAACUUCAAUAUCUCUUGAAGAUUUUCUAUCUGCAGAAUCUGACCUUGCAGUUGAAAAAUGGCUCGAUUUGGUGCCAACUUCAAACAAGGAAACGAAGCCUAUAGGUUUACGAGUGGCUAUUUCAGUUACUAUACCUACUCCAGCACCAUAUCUACUUGAUAUGAUGAGCUCUCGACCGAUCUGGAAAAGCUCUUGCUUAUUCCCACUGCCAUUGAGGGCUCAAUUCGCUAAAAGCUGGACAAAUGUCACUGAUGAGACUGGAAACCUGGUGCUUAGCCUGCACAUGAGAGAUUUCAAGAAGUCAAAGGACAAGAAAGAAUGCAGAAAAAGAACAGUUGUUGGAAUCACUGGAAAAGGUGAAACAUGUACUUUGGCCGAGUUUGUUGGGUCAGAAUGGUCGAUCGUGGAUUCACCAUGGUCCCUUAAGCUUCCAGAUACAACCAAUGACGAUGGACACCUCUUGGAGCUGAUUGGUCCUGAGACUGUACGACUUUAUCCUGGUGGAAGGUUGGAGCAUGAGCCGAAGAAGUGUGAGAGGCAUAAGUCCGAGGGUCAACUCGAACGCCACCUAAUUACGGCUGUAAAAUUCUCUGCCAAAGAUCCAUAUGGGGAUUCAGUGGCAUUACUUGACUUGAAAUCAGGCACUAUCAAGGUGAAGGAAGAAUGGUUCCUUGAGCCUAGUAUCAUACUCACAUUUAUAUUAAAGAAAGACGGGUAUAACAGUCUGAUAUCAGGAGGCAGAGUUGGGAGAUCUAAAGUAGAAAGUGAAAGUAAUUUGGUGUGUUUGCAAACGGAAGGCAGUGUUGAUGUGGGAGCUAAAGAGAAUGGUUUGAUGGCAGAAAACACUAAGAAGAGUGUGAGCACCGGUGGAUGUGGGGGCGGCGGUUGUGGUGGCUCCGGUGGGUGUGGAAACAUGGCGAGGAGCAGCUCCUGUGGUGGUUCCGGUGGAUGUGGUGGCGGGGGCAGCUGUGGAAAUUUGGUGAAAAGCGGUGGGUGUGGUGGUUCCGGCGGCUGUGGUGGUGGGUGUGGUGGUUCUGGCGGCUGUGGUGGUGGGUGUGGGAACAUGGCAAAGUGUGGUGGCUGUGGUGGUUCGGGUGGCUGUGGCGGUGCGUGUGGGAACAUGGCGAAAUGUGGUGGAUGUGGUGGUUCUGGCGGGAGUGGUGGUUCGGGUGGGUGUGGAAACAUAGCUAAAAGUGGAGGCUGUGGUGGUUCCGGUGGGUGUGGCGGCUGUGGAAAUAUGGCCGCCAAGUAA